AUGUACGAAACGGGUGUUUUUGGAGCUUAUACUUUUUUUGCUCAAAAGCAACCUGGUGAAUUAUGUGGCAGUAAUGGUCUUCCACUAACUCCUAAUUCUGUUAUUAUUUAUGGUAAAUCUCAAUCAUUAAUGUGUCUCAAACAUGCCAAUUUAUGUGAAUAUUUGGACAUCUUUAGGGGAAAACAUGAAAGGAUAAUUGUCACCUCAGAAUUUUAUCACUCAUCUUUGAAAAAUAUCCAAAAGCCUAUUGAACCAAAUUACCUGUCUAAAAUUGUGAAGGAAAUAUUACUCGGAUUGGAAUAUUUAAAUGCUAAUGGAAUAGUUCAUAGAUCUUUAUCACCCAGUAACAUACUAUUCGAUGCUGAUGGUAAUGUCAAAUUAUUUAACUAUGGUCUCUAUUUUAUGAGCAAUAAUGGCAAAAACGUUUCGUUUCCAAUCGGUUCUCCAAAAUAUACUGCUCCAGAAGUUUUUUUAAUCAAAGAUAAAACUCCAUCAGGUCCCAAAGUAGAUAUUUGGUCUGUAGGAGUUAUUUUGGCAGAACUUGUUUUAAAUAAAGAAAUAUGGUGUGAUUUAAAACUUAAUCAAGUGAUAAGAAAAGUUUUAAGUUUGAUUAAUUGCAGUGGAACAGUUUUAGAACAUUUGUCAAAUGAACACAGGUGCAAUGACAUUUAUAAAAAUUUACCUUCCUCGCUUAAAAAUUUUAUUAAUUUGUGUUUGAUUCCUAGUCCGCUUAAUCGUUUGACUCCAAGUCAAAUGAUUAAACAUGAAUUUAUAAAACAAGAUAAUAGUUUAAUAGAAAAUGCUGAAUGCGAAAUUUAUCAUUUAUGGCAAUUAGCUGGAGGAGACAUUUAUUGUGAAUUGAAAAAACAAGGGAUGAUUAAAACCAGACCUCCAACAUUAUCCCUUCCAAAUUUAGUUUUACUAGAAGGUACAGUUUUUGGAGAAAUUAAAGAUUCAUUCUCUGUACUAGAUCUUCGAGUUACAGUUUUACCAUUAAAUAGCCUGCACCAAAGAUUGUCACAUUUGACAUUUGAAGAUUUUUAUCCAUUAAUCGAAAUCAAAUCACCCAAGUUGAAAAAUAAAGAAUCUUUAACUCAAGAAAAAUUUUUACCAUUAAUCAUUAGAGAAAGAGAUACAGAAUAUCAAUUUUCUAGAAUCAUUUUGUAUCAUCGUCUACUUCUUGGUUAUCCAUUCAAAAAGGAAGCGAUAAUAAAUGAAGCUGGAAUUGAUAUUCCUCCUUACUGUAGGGGAAAUGUUUGGGCUGCAUUGCUGGGUAUAGUCGGUGACAUUCAAAGAAGCUAUGAGAUAAUUGACAAAGAAACACCCAAUUCAACUGAUAGACAAAUUGAAGUUGAUAUUCCAAGAUGUCAUCAAUAUAAUGAAUUAUUAUCAUCCUCUGAAGGUCACAAAAAAUUAAAAAGAAUAUUAAAAGCAUGGGUUACAUCUCAUCCUCAAUAUGUUUACUGGCAAGGACUCGAUUCUCUUUGUGCUCCUUUUUUAUAUCUCAACUUUAAUAACGAAGCUCAGGCGUAUGCAUGUUUAUCUGCAUUCAUACCAAAGUACCUAAAUAAUUUUUUCUUGAAAGAUAAUUCUGCAGUCAUACAUGAAUAUUUGGCCAAAUUUCGACAUCUGAUUGCAUUUUACGAUCCGGUUUUAUUUAAUCAUUUAGAAUCUAUUAAUUUCAUACCGGAAUUGUAUGCCAUUCCAUGGUUUCUCACGGUGUUCUCGCACGUGUUUCCUUUACAUAAAAUAUUUCAUUUGUGGGAUCGUUUACUUUUGGGUGACGCGUCUUUUCCGUUAUUCAUCGGAUUGGCGGUUUUAAAUCAUCUCAGAGAUAUUCUCCUUUGCUCUGGAUUUAAUGAAUGCAUAUUACUUUUUUCCGAUUUACCAGAGGUGGACAUUGAAAUGUGUGUCAAGUAUUCAACAGAAAAGUACAAUAGCACUCCUCGAAGCAUCACGUACAGGUGUCACGAAUAUCGAGAAAAUACACCAAAUUCCAGUCUCGAUUUAGAAAUGUCUCCUUUAUCAGUAUCCGAAUUGCAGAGCGAAUGUUGCCCACAAAUAAGUGCUUCCGAUCUUUUGUCUCUCAUCAAUAAAAACAAUAACUCAAAUGUUAAAAAUUACGUGACGAUUGAUAUAAGAAAUUUAAACGAAACAAAUUGCCUUACUUUACCGGAUAGUAUUCACAUACCCUUCAAUACGGUAUCAUUUUCAGAAAAAGAGGUUCCGAAAACCAAGGAGGGAAACCUACUCCUUAAAAGUAAAGGUAAAAUUAUUAUUAUUAUGGGAUCGGGCGGUGAAAAUUUGUCGGAAUUUUGCAGAUGGUUAGUAGAAUGCGGUUUUAGUAAAGUUUGCAGUUUACACAAAGGAAUUCAAUCACUUUCGAAUACAGGAAUUUUAAAAUCUUCAAAAAAAUAG